AUGACAAAUUUUGACAAAGCUGAAGGAACAACCACGAACCUGUGGUGGCUGGACGUUAGCACCAUCGAGUGGCGCUACUCCACCGGAACUCAAGUCAAUGCCAGUCACGUGGUCAACCUCCCCAAGUCUUUGACCACUCUCAAGGUCGCGGGGAACAGCAUUGAGAAGAUAGACAACGAUACGUUCGACCAUCUCCCCCCAAACUUAACUCUUCUGGACAUCGGAAAAAACCGAAUCGUGUUCGGGGUUUUCCUUGAAUUUCUCCCAAAACUGACCAAUCUUCAGACUUUACUGAUCAACGGCGAAGACUACCUCUACGAUAUUCCAACAUCCUACAAUAAAGAAUCCAUCAAACAUUUUCAUUCCCUCCUCAAGAGGAGAAGCGUUGGAGAUGACAACGCUCUAGUAUUCCACCUCCCACCACAACUGUCCCGGAUAGAAAUGGUUAACGCUGAGUUGCAGUACCGUCUGUCACGGCUGACGAUAGUCAGCAACAACUCCCUGACAGACCUUGUGUUGGACAGAAACUUUUUGCCUGAGCUGCAAGGUCCGUUCAUCGGCUUCAAUCAUUUGACCACCCUCAGUAUCUAUUCGAGCUAUGUUAGUUCCCUGGAGUGGACGUUUUUCUCCAAUUUCCCGCGUUUGGAGAAUCUUAACCUCGGCACAAACCUACUUGGGGAUUUUUUAAACACUCUUGACGAUCCUGUUUUCGCUAAUUUGACAAAUCUAAAAAAGUUAGAUCUUUCUAUUAACAACAUUCAAAAUUUAAGUUAUGGUUUAUUUAUCGGUCUCAACAAUCUUACUAUUCUAGAUCUGUCAAACAAUCGUCUUUCGGAAUUUAAUGUAAAUAUCAGUGGGAUGAAAAACUUGAGACUGUUAAAUCUGAGUCACAAUUCGAUCUCGUCACUUCCUGAUGACGUGAUGGAAAGCAUUGAUUGGCUGAUUGACCACCAGAUACCGGUUGAGGUGGAGCUUAACAACUGCCCUAUUCUUUGCACGUGUCAAAACUUGAAAUUCCUAACCUGGAUGGUCAAGUCUCCAGCAUUUAAGUCGUUCAAGAGUUAUAUCUGUGCUCACGACGACGUGUACGUACGCUUGACCAACGGCUACAACAAAACCGUGGAGCUGCUGAACAAAGAAUGCGCAUCCAACGAGAAGCUCUUCCUGUUUGUUGUUGCCGCCACGCUGCUCGUGCUGUUUGCUCUCGUCGGUCUCAUGAUCUUCCGCUUCAGGUGGAGCCUGCGGUACCUGUACCACGCGGCGAUGCUGAACUUCCAUAGACGACACGAGACAAAAGGCAACAAAUUUGACUAUGACGUUUUUAUCUCCUACGCCAACCCGGAUGAACUUUUCGUCCUUGAGGUUGUCGAGCCUGAGCUAGUCAAAAGAGGGGUCAAAGUUCACAUCCACGGGCGCAACUUUGUGGCGGGAAACUUUAUCGCCUCCAACAUCGUGAGCGCCGUCAGCAUGUGCCGUAGGACCUUGGUCAUCCUGACCGGGAACUUCUGCAAGAGUCACUGGUGUAAAUACGAGGUCCAGAUGGCUAACAUGGAGUCGGUCCACGACGGACGUCCGGUGCUGAUUUUCCUGGUCAAAGAGAACAUGGCGGCCAAGAACCUGGGCGAGCUCAUGUCCUUCCUCCGCUGCAACACUUACAUCCCCUACCCGCAGGGGGAGCAACUCUCGGAGCGGGAGAUGAAGGCCAUGUGGGACAAACUGGCACAGGACCUGCGCUAGCUGUAGGACCUCAGCGAGGACAUUCAGGUCUAGAUCGUCUCAUGGAGGACAUUCAGGUCUAGAUCGUCUCAUAAAGGACAUUCAGGUCUAGAUCGUCUCAUGGAACUAAUACGCUGGCUGAUAGUUUGGAGGACAUUCAUGAUGUCCUAUUGCUGGCCUUCCAGGAUCCGCUACACCACAGUACUUGAAUGGCAAAUACCCUUGACCUCUAGCAGUCAUUAUUUUCGUGUGCCGACAGCCAUCCUUGCAAGGUUCACACAACAAUGUAACUGGAUAUCAUUUAUAGCCUUGGGCAUAUUGCUUCAUCAACCGUAUAAACGGGUCCUUCAAAGAAAAAUAUUGGAUUACUAAUCAGGCGUAUCGUUUUACCACAUGCGAUGCCCAUUAAACCAGUGAUAACAAAAACAAUUAAACUGUUUGGAGUUUAAAUCAAAAUCGAUGUUAUAAAGGAAAACAAAGUGUUUUUUUUAAGCUUUGACAACUUUUUGACAGCCGCUUGACCGUUGUGUGAUUUCUUAUUACGGCAUGGUGUCUUGUAUUAAUCAGGAAAAGAAUUUUUCACUAUAGAAAAUUCUUUUUCCCCUUAAGAAAACAAAUUGUAAUAAAUGCUGUAACU